GUGGGUCUAUGUGAAUAUGAGCCGUGAGGGAUCACACACAGAAAGAAAUACAAAAGGAUCUGGACACGCAGAAGAGGUCGAGUAAACAAGAAUGUCGUGUCAGAGUGGCAGUGCCGCACACGCGUAGCUCUGCACGGCUGAGAGGCGCUAACUGCCUGAGGCUUCGUUGGAUUUAACAUCACUGCUAUUUAGGCGAACGCUGUGCGUGAAUAAAAUCGCGCGGACUUCAAAGAAACUUUUAAAAGUGUCAGCUGCUCGAUUCAUGAAACGAAUGCUACGAUAGCUUAGCGAGUCCUGCGGACCUUGAAUACUUCUGGCGGGUUGGUCUUUGGCAAAGCGACCUUCUCGUCCUUUAAUUCUGGAAGAGCCGUUCGUGUAAAGAUAGUACGUUCUCUGUCGCUGUGGACUUCUCUCAAAAAAUAAGGUCUUCAGUGUGUUUUGUACUACAGAACCUUCAGAGCUGCUGUCAAGUGCUUUCCCAAGGGAUUCUCCAGGAGGCGCAGCGAGGUUAUAUAUUAACUCGGGAAAAGCGACGUGCCGCCCGUACAGUAGAACGGACAGCCAGUGUUUGGAAACGGCGAGAACCAUAAUAGGAUUUUUAAAAUGUUACCUUCUUCCUCACGGUGGAUUUGCAACUAUUUUUUCGUAUUUAUACUUGUCAUCUAUGGUCUUGUGGAGUGUGCCAUGUUACGCAGUCCAGAAAAUCGAGGAAAUCCUUUAUCUCUACAAAAACAUGCAGGAAGGAUGCCAAAGGACUCUCACUGCCAUCACAUGUUAAAGCAUCUUCACAAUGGUGCCCGGAUCACAGUACAGAUGCCCCCAAACAUUGAGGGCCACUGGGUUUCUACAAGUUGUGAAGUGAGACCAGGCCCUGAAUUUCUCACUAGAUCAUACAAAUUCUAUCACAACAAUACUUUUGAAGCAUACCAGUUUUACUAUGGAGAUAAUCACUGCACAACUCCUAGGUAUACAUUAGUGAUUCGGGGAAAGCUGCGUCUACGCCAGGCAUCUUGGAUCAUUCGGGGAGGCACUGAAGCCGACUACCAGCUACAUCGAAUCCAGAUAAUCUGUCACAGUGAAACUGUGGUUAAGGAGAUUAGCCAGAGACUGAACCGUAGUUGCCGUGGUGUGGUGACUCGGGAUGAACCCUGGAAGCCGAAUGUUAGCUACGACCUGUGGACUGAGGACAUGGGUUGUGAUUGCUCACGGGCACUCAAUUUUGCAAUGCAUGAGCUGCAAUUGAUGCGUGUUGAGAAGCAGUACCUACAUCACAACUUAGACAACCUUGUGGAGGAACUGUUUUUGGGGGAUAUACACACUGAGCCAGCUCAAAGGAUGUAUUACAGGCCUUCAAGCUACCAGGCAGCCUUACAGAAUGCAAAGAACCAUGAUCAUGCCUGUAGAGCAUGCCGGAUCAUCUACCGUUCUGAUGAGUAUCAUCCACCCAUCCUGCCCCCUAAGGCUGACCUGGCCAUCGGACUACAUGGCCAGUGGGUGAGCCAGCGCUGUGAAGUACGCCCUGAAGUGCUUUUCCUCACCCGGCAUUUUGUGUUCCACGACAGCAACAACACAUGGGAAGGAAACUACUAUCACUACUCUGACCCUGUCUGUAAGCACCCAACAUUCACCAUCUAUGCCAAAGGACGGUACAGCCGUGGAGUGCAUUCCACCAAGGUCAUGGGAGGAACAGAGUUUGUUUUUAAAGUCAACCACAUGCGAGUAACACCGAUGGACAUGGCCACAGCAUCUCUUCUUAAUGUUUUCAAUGGCAACGAAUGUGGAGCAGAAGGUUCGUGGCAAGUCGGUGUAGAACAAGACGUGACACAUACCAAUGGCUGCGUGGCACUGGGUAUACGCCUUCCUCACACAGAGUAUGAGCUUUUCCGCAUGGAGCAGGACACCCAUGGCCGCUAUCUGCUAUUUAAUGGCCAGCGGCCCAGUGAUGGCUCCAGCCCUGACCGGCCUGAAAAGAGAGCCACAUCUUACCAGACUCCACUAGUACAAUGUGCAUCCAGCAGCCAUGGCUCAGAGGGUGGUUUGGAAGAGACCGACAGACCUCUUCGGAUCAACAGCAGCUCACACAGCAUUAGCCAGCCUCAACUCAACUCAUUUUUCUGCCUCACCAUGGUCUGCCUCCUCCUGUUUUUAAGCUAAAGAAGAAAAAUAAGACAGAUGGCUGUUUUCUUUAAAUACUGUUUAUUAUCCAAAGGAAGUAAAAAAAAAUCAACAAGGGGCAAGCCAGGAAACCCCAUGGUGUACUAUCCUAUGUCUUCAAAGGGAGUUUAUUUGCUUGAUGCACUUGAAUGCCAUGAAACUGUUGGCAUUGUUCGAGGAAAAGCUCCAAGAGCAAGAGGAAGGACAUUCCUCUCACUUUCCCAUUUUUUUCUCUCUUUAACAAAUAAAACUGAAUUUUGUUGGGCUGAGAAAUUAAACUACUCCACAACAGCAACUGCACUUUAAAUGACCAAUGUAUAAGUGUAUACAUAAAGAAAUGUUGGAAAAAGUAAUCAGCCCUGGAGACAGAGGGUGAGAGAGAAGAAAAUUCAAAAGCAAAAAACAAAACUUAGACUUACAGGUUUUGCCCUCCUUAUCAUACAUCACUGUGAUAUUGACACAAACAGAACAAGAUUCAAAUGACUUGGCCUGCCACUAAAAAAAAAAAAGAAAAACACGGAUUUGCUUCAGUGUACAUAUGUGACUGUUAUAAUGAACGAUGGUUUGGAAAAGAGUUGCCUUCAUUAAAGUGUUUUCUUAUUUUUAGAAAAAAAUCGAUUGUACAGUGUGGACUACGGGUGUUUAUGAUGAAGCAAAAUGAUGCUCAGAAAUUUAUGGCACUUUUUGUUUGCUUUUUUUUCUAUAUAAAAUGUGCCCCUGUGGCUUUUUUAUUUUGCAUUCAGUUUUAUUUGCUGUAGGUCACAAGUUCAAUGGAUUAAUUGAGCACAUUGUCAAAAUUGGUUAGAAGCUUCCUUUGUAAAUCUUAAAGCAAGACGAAGCAUUUUUGUGAAAAGCACUACCUAGACCCCAUCUCUGUUGUUAUGUCUUGGCCUGAUGCAGAUGUCUUUGUAUGGUGUUUGUCUGAAGAACUGGAUUGGUUAUAUAAAUCAAAUAUUUUAUAUUGUAUUUUGAGCUAAA